AAGAAUUCACAUGAAGGUUUUCUGCAGUUUUAUUAAGCAAUGAACCCUCCUAAUCUAAGAUGAGAGAGAAAAUGGAUCAUCUACUUUGAUAAAGGAUAAAGCAACGUAGUUAUGAUCCACUUUGUCUAAGUGGUAGAAAAUAAAGGCUUGUUUUUGUACUAUUCUCAAAAUGGCUGCUGAACAGACAGUUCCAGUUGUAACUGAAGUAGAAGGUGCUGAUUAUGACUUUCUAUAUGUAACUGAAUUGAGUGCUGAAGAAAAAGACUCUGUCUAUGGCUUAGUAAAAGAAAGUCAUCUAAGUGCCCAAGCAGGACAGAAUAAGCAACAAAAAAUGGUCUCUACAAAGCGUGCACGUGUAAUAAAGCAUAAACCUAGUGCAAUUGUUUUCUCCAAGGACUGCACAUGGGAAGAAACAGCAGCUAGGAGGUUCUGCAAGCUUUAUAGAGAGCCCAGUUUUUAUAAUUGUUUGCUUCACAAUCCUGAUGAGUUCUGUACUCUUGAGACUGCCUUUACAACCAUGGACCGGGCUGACCUAGAAAGUCAUACACUUGCCAGAAAUCAGCAGUUCAAACAAGGCCCAGAAGAGGCUCUAAAGCAACAUCUUGGUGACACUUCUACCGGCCAAUGCUGUCUGGGGUUGCCUUUGCCAUGGGAUAAGAAUGAUGCUGAACUUGAGGCUAAAGAAGCAUGCAGCUGGCUGCGAGCUGCUGGCUUUCCACAAUAUCCACAGCUGUAUGAAGACUCACAGUUUCCGAUUGAUAUUGCUUCUGUGAAGAAAGAUCAUGAUUUUCUUGACCGGGAUUCGCUGAAAUCCCUUUGCAGGAGACUGACAACCCUAAACAAGUGUGCGUCUAUGAAGCUGGAGGUCCACUUUCAACGUAAGCAGAGUGAAGACUCAGAGGAGGAGGACUUGUGUGCCAUCAGUGACCGUUGGGCAUUCCAACGGGAUAGCAAAAGAUGGUCUAGGUUGGGCUCCCUUUCUGCUCCCACACCUCAUAGCACCGAGGUUCUUCAGACCACCAUGAAGACCUCAGCCAGUCGGGAGAGUGUCCUGAGUGACUUUAGUGACCUCGAAGCCACUUCCAUUCACAGCCACAGCAGUUGCAGCAUGGGGAGCACAAAAGGAACAACUCCUUGUCAGAUUUCCAUAGCGGAGCCAUUUCCCAGUUUUACCUCUCGCAGUUCCGACUCGACUGCACUCUCCAGUCACAGUUUGACAGAGUCCUGCUCUUCUAAAGAUCUCCUUACAUCAAAAGAGAAACCAAAAAAGCGGUCCAAGAGCUUCCUGAGGAAAAUUGAAUCUUUCAGGCGAAAGGAUAAAGAAAGAGAAAUUGAUAAUGGAAAGGACUCUGCCAUCCAAAGUGUGACUAGCCAAAACGGACUUCUACAACCUCCUGUGAGCUUGCAUUGUACUACCAACGACAGCCUUCCAGGCUUGAAACAGAACAUUAAAGAGAGAGGCAGUUCUUCUUUCAAAAGAAGGACAAAGACAAUUUGUAGGACUGCAGUUGAUCUUUCUUCAUCAGGAGGUAGAGGGAAACAGAAACAGAGGUCCAAAUGUAGUGGACUUUACUUAGAGGACUAUGAGAUAAGUUUGAAGAAUCCCAGCCAAACAGAACACAAACAUGUGCUGGAGAAUUCAUUUGUGCAUCUUCCCAGAGACCAUAAACCAGGAACUUUCCCCAAAUCUCUCUCCAUUGAGAGUUUAUGUCCAACUCCAAAUGAUAAUCUUUGCAGCUGGGCCUCAGGCAAUAUGUCAAUUGAUAUUUCAGUCUGUAGCAGCAAUGAGUCUCAAGGCUUCGGAAGAUUUCAUGCAAGGAGGAAUUCUUGUAGUUCUACAGGGAGUGUCUAUGACAAUGUACCAGAGGUGCUUGGCAGCUCUGAACAAAUUUUUAAUAUGGGAAGGGUGGAUGUUUUUGAGCACUUGGAUGAUAUUAUUCAGCAUGUCCAUGGGCUACAGCAGAAUGUAGAAUUCUGGUCAAAGAGAAUCUGUCCAGAACUUGAGGAUGUUGACUCUGAGCUAACAGAGGAAAACGUUUACCCCUCUAGUCUCCAUUUUGAAGAGCAGUCCAUGUCAGAUGUGGGAACUGCAGCAAGUGACCUUGACAGUACAGGGAAUUCAUUAAAUGAAGCAGAAGAGAUGGAAAUGAGGGAUCGGAGAGAUUCUGGUGUGGGCGCAUCUUUAACUAGGCCAAACAGGAAACUACGGUGGCACAGCUUCCAGAACUCUCACAGGCCAAGCCUUAACUCAGCAUCUCUGGAGAUAAACCGGCAAUCAGCAACCCAACUGAACCUGCUGCAGAAGUUCUCACUACUGAGACUGACCGCCAUGAUGGAAAAAUACUCAGUGCCCAACAAGCAGGGCUGGAGCUGGACGGUGCCAAAGUUCAUGAAAAGAAGCAAAGUUCCUGACUACAGGGACAAGAAUGUCUUUGGUGUCCCCCCCAUUAUCAACGUACAGAGAAGUGGGCAACCUCUUCCACAGAGCAUCCAGCAAGCAAUGAGAUACAUCCGGAGUCGGUGUCUAGACCAGGUUGGUAUUUUCCGUAAAUCAGGAGUGAAGUCUCGGAUCCAGAUGCUGAGGCAGCUCAAUGAGAAUUCCCCUGAUCACGUGAGCUAUGAGGGACAGUCGGCCUAUGAUGUAGCUGACAUGUUGAAACAGUAUUUCAGGGAUCUUCCAGAGCCCGUCUUUACUGGCAAGCUGACGGACACAUUCCUGCAGAUCUACCAAUGUGUCCCAAAGGAUCAGCGUCUGCAGGCAGCACAGGCGGCGGUCAUCCUGCUGCCGGAUGAGAACCGGGAAGUGCUGCAGACCUUGCUCUACUUCCUGAGCGAUAUUGCCUCCGCCCAGGAUAACCAGAUGACUGCAGGCAACCUGGCUGUAUGCCUGGCCCCCUCCAUCUUCCAUCUCAAUGUCUCCAAAAAGGAGGGCACCUCCCCCAGAUUGAUACACAGGAAGGGGACAGUUGGCAAACCUGAUCAAAAGGACCUAAACGAGAACAUGGCAGCUACCCAGGGACUCAGUCACAUGAUCAUGGAGUGCAAGAAGCUCUUUCAGAUUCCUCACGAUAUGAUGUUGCAAUCCCGGAAUUCCUACGUGGCUGCUGAUGCACAGCCACUUCCUUUGGAGGAGCUUGGUGUUACCCUGAACAGAGAGCCUGGGUAUUAUCAGGCCUACUUGGACGAGAGUAUCAAAAGCCUGUUAAGAGAGUCAGCGGAGAAAAUUAGAGGCUGGCAGAACACCCCUGGUCCUGAGAACACCGAACUGUCAUACAAAAAGGUGGGUGAUGGGCAUCCCCUUCGUCUCUGGAAGGCCUCGACCGAAAUUGAAGCCCCACCUGUGACAGUGCUGCACAGAGUGCUAAGAGAAAGGCACCUGUGGGAUGAUGAUUUGCUGCAUGGCAGAGUGAUUGAGGCCCUAGACAAAAAUACAGAGAUCUUUCAUUAUGUGACGGACAGUAUGGCACCACACCCCAGAAGAGAUUUCCUUGUGCUCAGGAAGUGGUGUAGUGAUCUGCCAAAGGGGGCCUGUGUGCUGGUGUCCUCGUCGGUUGAGCAUGACAAGGUGCAACUGGAAGGGCGUCUGCGGGCAGUGCUGCUCACUUCACAGUACCUCAUUGAGCCCUGUGGCGGGGGCCGCUCCAGACUGAUGCACAUCUGCAGAGCUGACCUAAGGGGCCGCUCUCCUGACUGGUAUAAUAAAGUGUUUGGGCAUCUCUGCGCCGUGGAGGUUGCUAAGAUACGAGACUCCUUCCCUGUAUUAACUGCCAGAGGACCUGAAACAAAGCUGUAGAGUGACAUGAAGAUUCUUAAAUCUGAAGAUAAGAAUCCCAGAACUGGAUUUUUUUUUGUGAAACUCUUACUCUGAUGCAGAGUGUGGUAUUUUACUAGAAAGAAAUGCAGCUUUGUUUCGAUCGAAUACCAUAAGUGUUAACAUUGGGCAAUGUGAAUAUUUAACCAUUAUGCAUAUGUAAAGCUGCUGUUAGUCUGAUUUCUGUAUACCCCCUCAAACAACUUUAGUAUUUUAAAAUACAUCCAUGCCCCAUGGGAAAACACCACACUGAUAAUCACCUUGGUGUUAUUUUAGAUUCCGAGGAUGAUAAUUUGGUCAUACAGCAGAAACAAAGAGGAUAUUAUCGAUUAACUCAUGGAAUUUUUAAAAAAUGUGAUUUUUUACCUCACUUUUGGAGUAAUAUUAAGAACAAUGCAUACAGUAUAUACAAUUUUUACAAUUAAACGAUAAUGCAAGCAACUAACAAAACACUGUGUGUUGCACACCUCUCUUAUAUUGGAAAUGAGACAUCUUUGGAUAAAAUAUACAUAUAUACUGUACUGUACACCCAAUUUAGAAAAAAUCUAUUCCUCAUGUAAGUUUAUAAAUUGAUGCAAGGCAUAGGUUUUAUUGAUGUCUUUUAGUUAGUUGUUUGCAACUUACAAUUUUUGGAUUGGUUAUUCUCUUUUCUGUAAACUACAGCAUUAAUAUAAUCUAAUGUAUUCAUCUUUGCUGCUGUGUCUUUAUCUGUCUUACAGACAGUGGAAGUAGCAUAUUUUCAGAAUAUUCAUGUAUUUUUUAUCUUGUAUCAAAAUAAAUGUUUAAUGUUUUAUAUAUAAUUUCUAGAUCUUUAACUAGCUACCCAACUUUGUCCCUUUGCUACAGAAAUAUUAUACAGAUCUUCUUUCAUGUUGACUGCACUGCACACUAAGUAUGUAAUAUUAAAUAAUAUAUAUAUUUUAUAAUUGUAAAAAAGAGUAAUAUUCUGUAAAGGCACCUUUUUAAUUAAAUAGUCCAUAUUUUGGUUGUUUUAACUGUUUGCCAUCGUUAUUCUGUACUUUUUUUAUUAAAUGAAUGAUGUACUGUAGAACAGUGAGAGAAACCAACUCCGAUUAUAAAUUAAAUGUGAAUUUCUUGUUUAAAAAUUUGGCAAGGAUACUAUUGUGUUUUGUCAGUGAUUUUAUUUCCCGUAUUUUAUAAGUCCUGAUGUGCCCUAAACCCAAAGUUACUCGGUUACACCAUGUCACCCUCAUUGUUUUCUGAACCUUUUGCCAGUGAAUUUGCAGAAAGCCCUGUAAACCAAAAUGUAUAUUAUCAGAAUCCGUUCAUUAAGUUCAAUUUUAACAAAAAAAAACAGUAGCUUUUCUUUGGGGACUUUAAGCUGAUUAUCACAAAAUGUUACUUCAUGAAACCUGAAAUAUAAUGAUUUACUUCAGUCUGUCUUUUUAAUCUUUUUAUGGAAUGAAACUUUUAAAGUUAUCUUUGCCAAAAGGAUGCUUUAAUGUAGCAUCUGUUUAUUUGGAAGCUUCACUUUGGAUUUCAUCUUGGGAAUAAAAUAGAUAGACCUUCAUCUUUUUUCCAUGAAUCUGAGUAUCUUUUAUUUGCCGACACUGAUGUACAGUACAUGGAACCUUUGAUCUCUGUGAUUGAAGAAGUCCUUAACUGAUGUGGACAUGCAUCUAUAAGUUGUAUGUCUGAAAGAACAUGUGUUUGUAAAAUUAAUGACGGCAUGUGGAAUACUUGAUAUUCUAUAUGUGACUAAGACUUUGACACUAUUUACAGUGGGGAACAGGAUAUUUAUUUAUUCAUCAGCACAAAAAGGACAGAAGGACUGCUGUUUAAAGACAGGAGACUUUGUUUUCUCUUCUUUAAGGACUUCUAGGUAGUAUUAUCACAGACACUUUCUGGUCUAGCAUAUCGGCUGUCACAGAUUUAGCGCAUGUGAAAUUAAUAAGAUACCUAUAAGAUAAUUUAGAAACAAUUAAUUUAUUGAACCCGCAGCAGUAUAACGGUGCUUAAAAUUACUUGUUCUCCCCCCAACCAUAUACUCGAAUCAGAAAAUAUAGUGAUUUUGAAAGUGUAAGAGGAAAUACUCUGCAUAUAAAAUGUCAGAUCGUGGCUGAGUUUGGUCACAAUUUUCUUUUUCUUGUAUUUAAACUGAUAGUCCUUUUUUUCUUUUUUUUGUUGUGGGGGAAGGUAUUGUUAG